GGUAGCAAGUUGAAGUCACAGAGACCAGUCAGCCAGUUCAGUCAGAAGCGCAAGAAAAAGUAUCGAGUGGAGAUUGUUGGCGAAAUUUGUGAAUUUCACGUUCAAUUCACGGGUAGGAAAAGUGCAAAAAAGGCGUAGUUUUGUUUUUCACUGAAGGUGUACUUGUUUGCGGAGCGUAAAACGUGUGCUGGGGCCUGGAAUAUUCAUACUAGGCAAGAGAAGGUUGGAUUGUGCAAUUGCGAGGUUGCUGACGACACGGAAGAAUGUCAAACAACAACUUCAUGUUCCGGAUUGACCUAUCUGGGCUGUCCACUUUCGUUUGGUGCUGAUCUGUUUAUAUCGGGAACAACAUUGUAGAAAGCCUCAGCUGAUGGUGUUGCGAACAGUAGCUGCUUGAUUGUGGUGGUUGUGUGGAGACCAUCAGCAAGUUACAUAAACUUCCAUUCGACGACGACGUUGGAACAUUUCGCUUGGAAACCAAACCCCUUUUUAACAGUGUUGAUUCGGGCCCCGAGUGGAUAAAAUCCGGUCGACAGUUUCUGAAGGUCAUUGGACUUGGACUUUGAACAUCCCUGCUGGAUUACCAUUUGUAUUCCGAAACUAGGAAAGUUCGAUGACGGCUUUUGUUGGCUGUAGCUAGAAUGAUAAGCUAGUUGUCAUUCGUCGCACACAGCUACGAUAUUACCGGUUGUGGUCUAUUGUGAGCUGUUAUCUGAUAAACAAGAGGGGCAGAAAUCUCGAAAACCUUUUCGCCUGAUCGUCAAUCAAGGCCAAUAUUUGCAUCAAGAGCAAACAAAAGAUGCACGACGAAGCGCACGAGUGACGUCAUUCUUUGUUGCUAUCGGACGCUCGACGCCGCGGUCUGAAACAAGUCUAGGCAAAAGUAAUGACAACGUUGUUCCUUCCACAACACCGGGACCGGUUUGGUGGUUGGAACAUUGUCGACAGCUAAGUGUAUCCUGUAACGAAAAUUAAUAGUUAUAAGUCCGCCCCGAAUAGCACUUCACAACCGGCCACGGGUCCUUCUAUGAUGGAUUCAUCUAGCGGUGCGUUUAUACGCACCAUCGAGUGGGACAUGAUGGACAAGCGCAAAUUUUUCCCUCUAUCAAUGCUGAGCUCCUUUUCGGUGCGCUGUGCGUUAUUUCCGCUGACCGUGAUCAAAACGCAACUGCAGGUUCAGUACAAAAACGACGUCUACAAGGGCAUGAUCGAUGCCGGGUUCAAAAUCUAUCGAAACGAGGGCGUCCCGGGACUCUAUCGAGGCUUCUGGAUCUCCUCGGUACAGAUAGUAUCCGGGGUGUUCUACAUUAGCACGUAUGAAGGAGUGCGCCACGUGCUCACCCAACAGGGGUCCAGCCAACGGACAAAGUCUCUGGUGGCCGGCGGAUGUGCCUCGCUGGUCGGCCAGACCAUAAUUGUGCCUUUCGACGUGAUAUCACAGCACGCGAUGGUCCUCGGAAUGAGCGGAGCAGCCGGAAAGGGAUCCAGCGUGAAUCCUUUGGGGAUUAAUUUCGACAAAAGCAACAGCCGGCUGCGGAUAACGGUGGACAUUGCACGGGAAAUCGUCCGGAGGGAUGGAUUCAAGGGAUUCUACCGGGGGUACACGGCCAGCUUGAUGGCCUACGUUCCGAAUUCGGCCCUCUGGUGGGCAUUCUAUCAUCUCUACCAGGACGAGAUGCUUAGGGUAUGUCCGCCGUGGGUCUCGCUACUGUUUGUGCAAUGUGUGGCCGGCAGUUUAGGUGGAUUUACCACCACGGUCAUCACCAAUCCGCUGGACAUCGUAAGGGCCCGGUUACAGGUCCAACGGCUAGACUCGAUGCGGGUGGCGUUCAGCGAACUUUGGCACGAAGAACAUUUCCACAUGUUCUUCAAGGGUCUCACCGCACGGCUCGUUCAAUCGGCCGCAUUCUCCUUUAGCAUUAUUUUAGGCUACGAAACAAUCAAGCGAGUCUCGGUAAACGAACAAUACAAACAUCUAAUAAAGUGGUGAUUUGGAAAUGGCAAGAAAAUACCACAACAAUAAUGCCGGCACAAGUCAGCUAAAUUUUAAGGCCAUCGGUGGCAGUGACUGUGAAAAUGGUCGAAGGGUGACGCGCAAGAGUUUCAAACGAAACAAAAAAAGCCACAUUGCCGGGAAAAAGAUACCCGAAAAGCAACUGCUCCCCGGCCAUAACAAUGAUAAUAAUUGUAAUAGGCAUAUUUUCCGUUAGUCGGUCCGAGAUGGCAAUAAAUUAGCUCUGUUGAACCGUGGUAGUCGCCGAGAGGCACAAUUCGGGCUCUUUUGCAACUGUUAGAUUUCCUCUGUUGUGGUCGUCGUCAAGAGCGUCAAUUGAGCACUUAUGAGAAUGUAUCAACACGCUUAUAGCCAAAACGUUAAGAGCCGAAAUGCCCCAUUGUGUAGUGAUUUAAGAUUCAUCAACCAAAAAACUUGAUACUUAGGGCACCAGAUUAGUGUGAAUUAGGAAGGAAGGACAGGUGUUUGGAAACCUCCAUCCGACAACAAUCAAGAUUGUAAAUAGACGAAAAAAACAACAUUCAGUCAAAAACAAACUGUACUCUACCAAACCAUAAUGUAUCCAUCGAGAAUUCUGUUUUUAGCUAAUUGAUCCUAGUUCUAUUAAGUGACCCUACUUCCAGCCACUUUGUACGUUUGUACGUAGCUUCAAUCUACCACUUCAUUUUAUUUAAAGAGAAAAACACUUCAUCGAAAAGUUAAUAAAUACCGUGCUGGUGGUUCACAUCCACAUUCUAGUUCGAAUUAAUGUUGCCACAACCCCUAACUUUUUAAACCAACCGAUCGGUUAGUCAGUCAGUCGGUAUAUGUUUUAUAGUUUACAACAGUAAUUUAUUUUUAUUUUAUGAUAUGUUUUCAUCUUCUGUUAUAGCUAACUAGGUUUAGAUUUCGUAGAAAUGUUUAGCGUAGCAAACAUUGUUAAACUAAGAGGAACUAAUAAAAAAGCAGUUUCAACUGUCGUUAUGAAUUGAAGGGAAUUUCUGAGCUGUAAUUAUAUAUUCACCAUGCUUGUGUGUGUGGCAGCUUCAACAGUUUGUAUUAGCCGUUAGAUGGAUUUUCGUACAUUUUCGUAUCAUGGAAACAAUAAAUAAAAAACAACCACAGAAUGACUGUACUUGCAACAAACAAUAAAACGUGUAACAAUAUAAAUAAAUUCUUCAAAAGAAAA